AUGUCUCUUUUUCUUGGCCUACAUAUACCGCUUUCUAGCAACAACUUCACAUAUUUCUAUCUCUUUCUAUCUCUUUCUAUCCCUCAUUUUAUCUCUCUCUCUCUCUCCGUGUCUCUAUCUACAUUUAUAACCCUCCACCUGAAUAUACUUCUUCAUCUUAUUAUCUCUCGAAGCAUCUCUCACUCUCUGAAUGUCUCUAGAUCUCUCUCCCUAUUCGCCAUCUUUCCUACUUUAAUUAUUCCACUCUUAUCCAUCGCAUUUAGCUCCCUUUAUCUCACCUCUCUUAUAUCCUGUAAAUCGCUCUAUUAUCCCUCUGUACCUGAAUAUACUUUUCCCUCUUGUUCUCUCUCGACCAUCUCUCUCUCUCUCCAAAUGUCUUCAUCUUUUUCUAGAUCUCACUUUCUAUUAUAUCUAACUCUCCUUUUUUCUCUAAAACCCCCUUAUCCACCACUAUAUAAACCUCACCUUUCUCUUUUCUCUCUCCGCCUGAAUAUCCAUCUCUCUUUUAUUCUCUCUCGAAGCAUUUCACACUCUCUAAAUGUCCCCAUGAUUUUCUCUAGAUCACACUCCCUUUUAUAUCUUACUCUACUUCUCUAUAAAAUACCCCUCUCUUAUCCACCGGAUUCGGCUAGAUCUUUCCACCCUCUUUCCUCUAUAUAUAUCUAUAUAUACCUCCACGUCUCUGUCCUUCUCUACCUAAAUAUAUUUAUCUGUCUGUCUGUCACUACCCGUUCAAAUCUUUCUAUCUUUCUUUAUCUAAUCCCAUUCUCUCUCUCUCUCUCUCUCACUCUCUUUCACCACCCGUGGAAAUAA